AUGUCCGUGCGGCUGCCGGCGCUCUGCUUGACCCUCUGCCUGACCUUCACCCAGAGUGGUUCCACGUCGUCUAACAACCACCGGGCCGAGUGGAAGGACUCCCAGCUGCAGCCCAUCAUCCAGAAGCUGAUGAAGGGAUACAACUGCUACCUGAGGCCCAACUUCAACGAGGGCCCGGUGGAAAUCGGCAUGAGCCUCGAUAUCGCCAGCAUCGACGCCGUGUCUGAAAUCAACAUGGACUACACCGCCACCAUCUUCCUGCGGCAGCGCGGGCGCGACUCCCGCCUCGUGUUCCCCGGGAACAAGAGCGUGAGCGUGGACGGCCGCCUGGUGUCGCUGCUCUGGAUCCCCGACACCUUCAUCCCGGACUCCAAGCGCUCCUUCCUGCAUGACGUCACCGUGGAGAACCGCCUCAUCCGCAUCUUCAGCAACGGCACCGUGCUCUACGCCCUCCGCAUCACGGCCACGAUCGCCUGCAACAUGGACCUCACCAAGUACCCCAUGGACCGCCAGGUGUGCACCCUGCAGCUGGAGAGCUGGGGCUACAACCUGCAGGACGUGGUGUUCUUUUGGACCCGGGGGAACGACUCGGUGAAGGGUCUGGACAUCCUGCGCCUGGCUCAGUACAGCGUGGAGAGCUACUACACGUCGGUGUCGGAGGCCGCGUACGAGACGGGACAAUACCCCAAGCUGGUGCUGCACUUCGCUCUGCGGAGGAACGUCCUGUUCUUCAUCCUGGAGACCUACGUGCCCUCCGUCCUGCUGGUGCUGCUGUCCUGGGUCUCCUUCUGGAUCAGCCAGUCCUCGGUCCCAGCCAGGACCUGCAUCGGCGUGACCACGGUGCUCACCAUGACCACGCUGAUGACGGGCGCCCGCUCCUCGCUGCCCAACGCCAACUGCUUCAUCAAGGCCAUCGACGUGUACCUGGGCAUCUGCUUCACCUUCAUCUUCGGCGCCCUGGUGGAGUACGCAUGCGCCCACUUCUACACCAUGCAGCACCUCACCGUGGAGGACCUGCACCGGGAGCUUCAGAGGGAACUCAACGAGGCCAACGGGAACGGCUCCGCCCACAUACUGAGGUCCAUCCAGCCGAGCCGGUCCACCGCGGAGGUCGGGUCCGCCGCCGGGACCGACACCGGCGCCGGCGCCCUGGAGAAAGCGUCGGGGUGGCGCGGCGGUUGCUGCGGCCGCGGCCUCUCCUCGGUGAAGGACGCGUCGCGCCGCGCGGCCGCCGUCUUCACCAUGGAGAACCCGUACGACAUCGACCGCCGCGCGCGCAGCGUCUUCCCCAUGGCCUUCCUCUUCGUCAACAUCCUCUACUGGCUCUACUACCUGUUCCUCGGAAGAGGCUCCGCCUCCUCGCUGGAGACCCGGUACCAUCCGCCCGGAUUCAAACUGAUCUCUAAAGCUUUUUGUAAAUGAAACCUGCUGGUCCCACAGACGAGGAGACGAGGAGCAGCUAAACCCAGAAUUAAUCAAGUAUUCAGAAAGCCUGAAUCCAUCUAUUACUACACUCCACAGAACACAUGAGGAUGAGCAGCAACUAGUAAACAACAGUUAACUAAUAAACACAAGUUAACUAGUCAACAACAGUUAACUAAUAAACACAAGUUAACUAGUCAACAAUAGUUAACUAAUAAACACAAGUUAACUAGUAAACAAUAGUUAGUUAACUAGUGAUGCACACUAGUUAACUAGUUGCAUACAAUAGUUAACUCGUUGUUAGUUAACUUGUGAUGAAAAAUAGUUAAAUAGUUGUUAAAAAGUGAGUUAUCUAGUAAACUAUUGUUAACUAGUUGUAAACAAUAGUUUACAACUAGUAAACACUAGUUUACUAUAGUUAACCCGUAAACAAUAGUUUACUAUAGUUAACUAGUAAACCUACUAGACACUAGUUAACUAAUAAACAAUAGUUAACUAGUUGUAUACAAUAAUUAAACUUAAAUUUAAAAGCAGAUGUAAGUUAAUUAACUUACAAAGUCAAGUUUCGUAAUCCAAAACAUUUAGUAGACUUUACUUUAUAUUAGUUGACAUAACCUACAAAAUUAAGUUAGAUAAACAUUCUACACACUCGAUUUUGUUAGUAGACCAAGUGAGAUAUUUUUUAGUGAAAUAUAUAAAGUUAUGUGUUUUCCUCUUCCUCGUUAUGGCUGUCACACUUUGUUAUAUGAAACCACAUUAUCUAUAUUUA